AUGCGCUCCCUCGUCGUGUUGACCACGGCGGCCGUCGCCGCCGCCGCGGCGGGCAACGUCAACGGCGUGUUUGAGCUCACGCCGUCGCUCACGCCCCUCGAGGAGAAUGCCGGCUCGCCGGACCUGUUCCCGAUGCCGCUCUGCAAGGGCUUCAAGCUGGAGGAGGCGACCAUCGACGAGAUGCGCAAGGCCAUGGAGAAGGGCACCCUGACGUCCGUCGACCUGGUGCACUGCUACAUGGUGCGCACCUUUCAGACGCAGCAGUACAUCAACUCCGUGAUGGAAAUCAACCCCGACGCCCUCGCCAUCGCCUCGAAGCUCGACGCCGAGCGCAAGGCCGGCAAGGUGCGCGGCCCGCUGCACGGCAUCCCCUUCACCGUCAAGGACAAUAUCGGCACAGACGACAACAUGGAGACGACGGCCGGCAGCUGGGCCCUGCUCGGCAACCGCGUGCCGCGCGACGCCUAUGUUGUCAAGAAGCUGCGCGAGGCCGGCGCCGUGCUCUUCGGCAAGGCCACGCUCAGCGAGUGGGCCGACAUGCGUUCCAACAACUACAGCGAGGGCUACUCGGCGCGCGGCGGCAACUGCAGGAGCGCGUAUAACCUUACCGUGAACCCGGGCGGCAGCUCGUCUGGCAGCGGAGUGGGCGUCGGCGCCAAUGCAAUUGCCUUUUCGCUCGGCACGGAGACUGAUGGCAGCGUCAUCAACCCCGCCAUGCGCAACUCCAUCGUCGGCUUCAAGCCCACCGUCGGCCUCACCAGCCGCGGCGGCGUCAUCCCCGAGACGGAGCACCAGGACUCGGUUGGCACUUUUGGCCGCACCGUCCGCGACGCGGUCUACGCCUUCGACGCCAUUUGGGGCGUCGACUCGCACGACAACUACACGUCGGCGCAGCAGGGCCACACGCCCAAGCCCGGCUGCGGCGGCUACGCCCACUUCCUCUCCAAGAAGGAGGCUCUGCGCAACGCCACCUUUGGUAUCCCCUGGAACAGCUUCUGGGUCUACGCCGACGAGGAGCAGCGCCGCGUGCUGGGCGAGCUCGUGAAGCUCAUCAAGUCGGCCGGCGCGACCGUCAUCAACGAGACUGAGAUCACCAACUACCAGACCAUCGUCAGCCCCGAGGGCUGGAACUGGGACUACGGCACCGCGCGCGGGUUCCCUAACGAGUCCGAGUACACGUACGUCAAGGUGGACUUUUACAACAACAUCAAGAAGUACCUCUCCGAGGUCAACAACACGCGCGUCCGCGACCUCGAGGACAUUGUGCAGUUCAACAAGGACAACGCCGGCAGCGAGGGCGGUUUCCCCAUGCCCAACGGGCACCCUGCCUUCUGGUCCGGCCAGGACGGCUUCCUCGCGUCGCUCGAGACCAAGGGCGUGCAGGACGAGACGUACUUCCAGGCCCUCGAGUUCUGCCAGAGCUCCACGCGCAAGGGCAUCAACGACGCCCUCAGCCACAAGGGCCGCAAGCUCAACGGCCUGCUCGUCCCCGUCGACCCGGGCCAGAGCUACCAGAUCGCCGCGCAGGCCGGCUACCCGCUCGUCACGAUCCCCGCCGGCAUCCACUCCGACUCGGGCAUGGGCUUCGGACUCGGCAUCAUGCAGACGGCGUGGGCUGAGGCGGAGCUGGUGCGCUGGGCGAGCGCCAUCGAGGACCUGCAGCAUUCGUCGGGCACGCCGUACAAGAGGACGCGCCCGACGUGGAGAGGCUACCUGGUCAGGAACCUUCCGGUUCCUCUGUGA